AUGCCGACUUUUCCUUCUGGAGAUUGCACAGUAUUUAAUGGAGUUACCUACCUUGGUUGUGCUAUUGUUAAUGCUCCAAGAAGUGAGGUGGAGAUAUACCGUAAUAUGGCUAUCAUGAAUGAUCAGACACAGAUGGCUAUACCUAUAGUAUUGUCUGUACCUAGUACAUCAGAAGGUGUUGUCAGACUAUUGGACCCAUCAAGUGACAGUGAGAUUGCUAGUUAUAGAAUUCAUAGAAUAUUAUUCUGUGCUCGAGGUCCAGCUGACAGCAAUGAAAAGAAGUGCUUUGCAUUCACAUUUAGUUAUGGUGAUACUGCUGAGUCAGCUAUAUUUCAGUGCCAUGUUUUUAGAUGUGAUCUAGCAGAAGCAGUGCCAAAGAUAUUGUAUUGCUUUGCUACAACGUUUCGAAGAGUCCCAAGAACUUCACGUACCAUUUCAACCAGUAGCUUACAAGAAGCUGAACAGAACUAUAUCUUUACUGUGGGUAUUGAGUUUAAAGAAGAUGAUGGCAAGGGAAAUUAUAACGCCUGCCCUAAAGAUAAAAAUAUCUUUAAGUUUAAAUCCAAUGUGGAGAAACGUAUAGCUAUUACUGUACAACAAAAUGGUCCCACAGAUCUCAGAAUUGAGAGAUGUUUUGGAUUAUUGAUAUCACAAGGAAGAAAUGUAAAACACAGUGAUAUGCAGUUGAUUGAAUUGGUAUCAAUGGGAUAUCAAAAUGAAGGUAAAAGUUAUUCUAUAACAGGACAUUGGGAUCCUACUGAACAGUGUUUUGCUGUUUUGAAUACAGAAACACCAAAAGAUACCAGAGUAUUUUUAACAGUAGCUGUAGAUUUAGUUAUAUAUGGUAUACAAGAACCAGUCAGAUUUGCUAUAGAAACUAAAGCUAAGAUUUAUUCCCAAUCUGAAAGAUUCUGGUAUUUUUCUACUAAACCACAUUAUGAACAAUAUUACGUCAAACUGAAACAGAUUGAAGGUAAUGAAAAUGAUGAAGGUCUAUAUGAAGUGGUCAAUGUUGAAAGUCAAACAGAAGUUGAAAGAAAGAGUUCAGGACUGACCUUGAGUUUAAACCCUAAUCGACCUAUACCAGAUCCUGUUCAAACACCACAGGAUAUGGAUGAAGAGUCAGAUGGUGAUGAACCGUUGUUGAGUGGAUCUGGUGUAGUGAGUAAAGAAAUAACUGAUGAAAAUCUACUGGAUGCUUGGCAUGAUGUCUUGACUAAAUGGCAUCAAAACUUAUCUCAGAGACCAAAACAAGUUCAUCAUUUAGUACGUAAAGGUGUACCUGAGGCUUUACGUGGUGAAGUAUGGCAGUUAUUAGCUGGGGUACAUGAGGGCAAUGACUUAUUAGAGACAUACAGAAUUGUCAUUGGAAAGGAAUCAGACCACGAGUCUGUGAUUCAAAGAGAUAUUAAUAGAACAUUCCCUGCUCAUGAUUUUUUCAAGGAUGCUGGUGGGUGUGGUCAAGAUUCAUUGUAUAAAAUUAGUAAGGCGUAUGCUGUAUAUGAUGAAGAGAUUAGUUAUGUACAAGGAUUAUCUUUCUUGGCAGCAGCUCUCCUACUACAUAUGCCAGAAGAACAAGCUUUCAGUGUAUUGGUGAAGAUUAUGUAUGAUUAUGGUUUAAGAGAUUUGUUUAAACCAGGCUUUGAAGAAUUACAUCUAAAAUUCUAUCAACUAGAAAGACUCAUGCAGGAUCAAAUACCAGACUUAUUCUUUCAUUUUGCUGAGAUGUCCUUAGAAAUACACAUGUUUGCUUCACAAUGGUUCCUGACACUGUUUACAGCCAAAUUCCCUUUAAAUGUUGUGUUUCAUAUACUGGACUUGUAUCUCAGUGAGGGAAAGGAUGUUAUUUUCAAUGUAGCUCUAGCUCUACUCAAGUGUUCACGUAAAGAUUUACUAGCUCUAGAUUUUGAAGGUGUACUCAAGUAUUUCCGUGUUCAACUACCUAAAAAAUUCAGGACAGAAGAUGCUGAAUUAGAAUUGAUUAGAACAGCCAUCUUGACUAAGAUAACAGCACGUAAGUUAAAGAAAUAUGAAAAGGAAUAUUAUAUAAUGAGGGAACAAGAAGAGGAUCCUAGAGAGAGAAUAGAGCGUGAGAAUAAGAGAUUAUUAGAAGCUAAUAUGAGAUUAGAACAGGAGAAUGAUGAUUUAGCUCAUGAAUUAGUUGAGAGUAAACUAAUAUUACGUAGUGAAUUGGACAAUGUAGAAGAUACCAAUGAAUUAUUAACUCAAGAUUUAGUCAAAACCAAGAAAGCUUUAAAAGAAACAGAAGAAGAGAAAAAGAGACUAGAAUAUGAAUCUUCACAGUUAAAAGAAAUGUGUAGAAGAGAAUUAGAUAGAGCUGAAAGUGAAAGUAGUAGAAAUACUCUAAUUAUAGCUGAUUAUAAACAGAUCUGUUCUCAGUUAAGUGAAAGAUUAGAAAAACAACAGACAGCAUCGAAAGAAGAAUUACUCAGAAUAAGGAAUGUAGUUAAAGAUUGUAACGAUUGUUCUAAACUGUUUGAUAAAGAUGGAAAUGUCAAAUUACCAGACCCAGUUAUCAAUCCUGCUGAUCAAAAUCCCAUUAUCAUUGACUUAAAACGUCAAGUUCGAGAAUUGGAAUUAGAAUUAGCCCAAACCAAAUUAGCUCUAGUCGAAUCUGAAUGCAAGACCCAGGAUCUUACACACCAACUCAACUCAGCUAUCACUGAAAUCCAAGCAUCUAAAAAUACCUGGUUUAAUAAGACAAUCAACUCUAUAAGGGAAGUUGCUCAAACAAAAAAAGACAUGAAAGAUAUUAAGGAAGGAUAG